AUGGGAUUCGACCUUACAUGUAUAAAAAAUAUGUUUAAUGUGGUCCAGAAGGCACGUGGUGCCGGUGGACCCAUAAACUACAUGGAUAUUGGUCUGCAACUCAUCAAAAUUGCUGGUCCGUACGUUGUCCAGUACCUUGGUGAGGUGAGUAGACCACCUCAUGUGGAUGUGGAUGAUGCCUUUGAGCAGGCUGGGAACACGCAAGGAUACCAACCAUGGGAGGCCCCAAGUCCUGGGAGCGGCAACGUUCGUGCACUCUUCAUUGGUAUCAACUACUAUGGUACCAGCGCCCAGCUCUCCGGCUGCUGUAAUGAUGUUAAACAAAUGCUUGCCACAUUCCAGAAGAAGAGGUUUCCCAUCAAAGAGGUUAAUAUACUCGUGGAUGAAAGGAAUUUCCCUGGUCGUACCGAACAACCGACACGGGCUAACAUCAUUCGUUACAUGGCAUGGCUGGUAAAGGAUGCCAAACCGGGUGAUGUACUCUUUCUACAUUUCUCAGGUCAUGGUACCCAUACACGGGCAUUACAUGAUGUGGGUGAAAGAUAUGAUCAAUGUAUUGUACCUGUGGACUUCCGAAGUAGCGGGUGUAUUCUGGAUAAUGAUAUUAACAAGAUUCUCGUCUCUCGACUUCCCCGAGGGGUAAGGUUUACCGCUGUCUUUGACUGCUGUCACUCUGGAUCCAUGCUUGAUUUACCGUUCACAUUUGUGGGGAGCAGGAUUUUAACUAGCGCAGCAAAUGGUCAUAUGAGACGUAUCCGUAGGGGAAACUUUUCCGAGGCUGAUGUUCUAAUGAUAUCUGGAUGUGCAGAUGAACAGACAUCUGCUGAUGUGGGAAAUACCGCCGCCUUUGGAACGGGUGCAACAGGGGCUGGUGGGGCAGCCACACAGUGCCUUACGUACACCCUACUCAAGACGUCGAAUCUUUCCUACCAGGAUACACUAAUUGCCACACGCGAUAUGCUUCGAAGUAAGAAGUUCGAACAAGUACCGCAGCUGAGUGCUACCAAACCAAUCAACCUGCAGCAGGAGUUUUCGCUGAUAAAACCGUUUCAAAUUGACCCUUAUUUCGCUUAA